AUGAAGCGAAAAAUUGAAUCGAAAACCUGGUUAAAUACAAAAUGGGGAAGGAUAGGAAAAUUUGGCGUUCUGGGUGCUACGAUCGUGGUAUAUCCCAUCGGAACACUUUUGCUUAAUGGACCACUUUUGAAAUAUUACUUCUCAUGGAGAUAUAAAACGAGUAGUGAUCUUCCUGAACAUCUUCGCGCAAUCGUUGAUUCACAAUAUAAAUUGUGGCUGGACAGGGAAUCUCGAUCACCGAAGGAUGCUGUUGUCCAUUUUAGUUGUUCGUCCUCAGAUGGUAGGAUUAUGAAGGUAAUGGACACAAUUGGACAUGGUUCAAUGGGAGUGCGAUUUGGUGCUCGUAUAUCCUUACCGUUUUAUACUCAACUACGUAAUUUAGAUGAAGCUAUUGAAUAUUGCAAAAGUAAUUUAAAAGUAUUAAAUUUCAUUGGAGAACCAGUUCGUAUUUUAUGGGAUUCAAAUGUCGGUACAGAGAUCGCGAAAACAUUUGUGCUGGGCGAGCAAGAAAUAAAAUUCCUGGUGCUUCGUGAUCUCUGUACGUAUGAUGGUUACGCUGCAUAUAUAACUCGAGCACUUUCUUGGGCGACAUUUUCUACCUUUUCUUCAAUAUUUACCUAUUGGAUGCAUCAAAGGAAAAUUUUUCAGCAGUCAUUUCAUUCUUUUAUAGCCCUUUAUCUUAUUUUUCUUCUUUUCGCAUGGUUUGGUAGUUUACAGUGGUAUAAAUUGUAUAAAUUCGUAUGUAAUAUUCAUGCGGAUUCAGUCGCUGCUCAAACUUCGCCCGAUCAUUGUUAUGGGGGAAAAGAAUUUUACUGGAAAAUGCUUAGGAGAAACAGAAUCUUGAGAGAGUUGAUUCCUGCAGGUACUAUAAGUGUAAAACCAUCAGGUGAUAUUCGCAAAAUGACAACCUCGAUAUUGACCAGGUUUGAUAAUAUCAAAGACAUUGAUAGCGAAAAUGAAGAAAUUAAAGAAACGACGUUCGGUGAUGAUUAA